CGGCUACAGUGGCCGCGGGAGCUGGUCAGUUCCCGCACUCUCUUUUCGUCCUCCUCCUCCUUGUGAGCGCCCUCGGCCAUGGUGUACCUCGGCUCUAUGACUAGCCGAUUGAGCUCGGUGUUCCCCUUCCUGCUUGUCCUGGUGGAUCUGCAGUACGAAGGUGCAGAAUGUGGAAUAAAUGGAGAUGUUGAAAGACAUCUUGAAAUGGGCAAGAAAUUAUUGGCAGCUGGACAACUAGCAGAUGCCUUAUCUCAGUUUCAUGCUGCAAAAUCUCAUCCAAGUGAGAAUGAAGAAAAGGAAGCUCAGUCUCAGUUACUAAAAGCUGAUGAAAUGCAGCGCUUACGUUCACAAGCACAUUCUGCUUUUGAUCGAGCAGAUUAUCAGGCAGCUAUAGCUUUCCUUGAUACUAUUUUAGAGGUUUGUGUUUGGGAUGCAGAGCUGCGAGAACUUCGGGCUGAAUGCUUUAUAAAAGAAGGGGAACCAGGGAAAGCUAUUAGUGACUUAAAAUCUGCUUCCAAAUUGAAGAAUGACAAUACUGAGGCCUUUUAUAAAAUCAGCACAAUAUACUAUCAGUUGGGAGAUCAUGAACUCUCACUCAGUGAAGUCCGAGAAUGUUUAAAACUUGACCAAGAUCAUAAAAGGUGUUUUACACACUAUAAACAAGUAAAGAAGCUCAAUAAACUUAUUGAGUCAGCAGAGGAGCUCAUCAGAGAAGGCAGAUAUGAAGAUGCAGUUAGCAAAUAUGAAUCUGUAAUGAAAACAGAGCCAAAUACACCUAUUUAUACUAUUCGUUCCAAAGAGAGGAUUUGCCAUUGCUUCUCCAAGGACGAAAAACCUGUUGAAGCUAUUAAAGCAUGUUCAGAAGUUUUGCAACUAGAACCUGCCAAUGUGAAUGCUCUCAAAGACAGAGCAGAAGCCUAUUUAAUAGAGGAAAUGUAUGAUGAAGCUAUUCAGGAUUAUGAAACUGCACAAGAACACAAUGAAAAUGAUCAACAGAUUCGAGAAGGACUAGAGAAAGCUCAGAGACUCUUGAAACAGUCCCAGAAAAGAGAUUAUUACAAAAUCUUGGGAGUAAAAAGAAAUGCUAAAAAACAAGAAAUCAUCAAGGCGUACAGAAAGUUAGCACUGCAGUGGCACCCAGAUAAUUUUCAGAAUGAAGAAGAAAAGAAAAAAGCAGAGAAAAAAUUUAUCGACAUAGCAGCUGCUAAAGAAGUACUUUCGGAUCCAGAAAUGAGAAAAAAGUUUGAUGAAGGAGAAGAUCCCUUGGAUGCAGAGAGUCAACAAGGAGGUGGUGGCAACAGUUUCCAUAGAAGUUGGAAUUCAUGGCAAGGCUUUAACCCCUUCAGCUCAGGCGGACCAUUUCGAUUUAAAUUCCACUUUAAUUAAAACCAACAACAUUUUUCUGCUACUGUUCCUCCUCCUAACUUUUUUUAAAAUUAGAAAACAAACCUUGUUCCAGUUUCAGGACCCUAAUGAAAUAUUUCAAAUCUUUGUUGUCCAUAACCAAAGAAUUGUUUAAUAGGAAUAAUCUUUUCCUGUCCAUUUUAAACUCUUGUUGGCUGGGGGUGGGAUAAUGAGUAAUGGUAUGUGGUUCAGUGCCCAUAUGGAGCAGCCAAGUCUGGGGCAGACUCUCUUGUAUAAGCAGUAAUAUAUUUUUUAUAUUUUUCUGCAUUGGAGUAAAUGCAAAUCCUUCCUCCUGUCAGAUCCUUGUGUGGUAUGUCACUUCCUACAUAUGGUGCAUCUAUAAGCAUACAUAAGCCAAAAAAGAAGCUGUCAUUCUCAGAAGACUGGGCCAUGUUUCAGUAUUCUUAAAGUGAAAGAUUAAUAAGACCAAAUUCUAAACUGUAACUUGGUUUUCUGAAGCAUAGACUGCUAGACUGGGAUUUUAAACAAAUAGAAUAGUUAUUGCUUUCUAAUAUUUUCAAAUGUUUUGUUACUAUCUGAACUUCCUUAAUACUAUAAUCAUUUUAAUGACAUUUCUUAUAUGUGAUCACAAAUGAAGAAGUGAAAAAUCCCUCAUUUAGAAAACAUUACCAAAUAGCAACUGGAUUUGGACUAUUGAUUGGAGUUAGAAAGCACAUUUUAUUUGCUUUUUUUUUUUUUUUUUGGAUAGCUGAAUGAGAAUUCCUCAGAACUGCAUAAUUAUCCUGAAACCCCGGGAGCAUUUUCAUUUAAGACUAAAAAGAUAUGUUGUUUUUGUAAAAAGUUAUUUUCAAAUGUUGAAAAUUUCUUAAGCAAAUGUUGUUUCUAUACAAGCAGGGGGAAAAUUGUUAGUAAUGAAUUCUUACCUGCCUUGAGGAAUUUUCAAGACCAAGAAUUGGUCUUGAAACUUAAAGUUAUUUUUCCAGGAUAUAUAGGCCUUUAAAUGCAGUAUUUCAAUAUCCUUUAUUGUGGUGGCUCUGUUAGAGUAAUCGUCCUAUUCCUUGGAGCUAGACUUGAAAAUGUGGACUUUUAGUGGUUCAUAGGAUCCUGUUUUGCUUAAUUCUGAGUUCAAAAUCAGAUGUUCACUUUUACUAAAAGUACCAAUCUGAUUUCAAGCUCCUGGGAUUUUAUAGAGUCUUCCACAAUCUUUUUGUAUCCCCCUAGAAAAAGGUGCCUCAACUUGCUGAACUCUACCCCUGUUUCCACUAUCAUUUCUCUGUAACAGUGAUAUUUCUCUCCUGAUAGGUCACAUGUUCUAUUUCUAUGAGAUAAUUACUGAAUAGUUAUAGCUAUUCAGGCUUAAUAUAUAGAGGGUUUUUUCCCAUGUUAAAAAUAGGAAUUGAUCUCUUGAAUAGAGCUCUAAUCAAGGACAUUGUACCUUUUAAGGAAAUGUUAGUGCUGCAUUUAAAAUCUAAGAUAAUAGAUUUAGUUAAUAGUUAUUAACUGCUCCCAAUGAAGUUUUUGUAGAGCUCUGAGUUUUGGGGGAAUACUUUUAGUAACAUGUUAUUUAAAAUUAUUAGAGAAUCAAGAGAUCUAAUCAAUUGAGAAGGUAAUUAAUUUGACUAUACUGAUGCCAGGAUUAGCCAAGCACAAAAUUUUAUUCAUAAAUAUCAAUUUGCCUAUAGAAGUAAGAUUUUGUUUUAAAACAUGUUGGAUAUAACCAUGUAGAUGAGUUGAGAAAACACUUUGUAAAAAAUGUUAGCUGAUACUGUGAUGUCUAAUUUUCUCUCCAUAAAUGUAAAGCAUUGAAAAGAAAAUUUUUCAUUGAUUUUCAGUUUUCAUUUGUUUUAUAUGUCUUGAAGUUCAAUCCACUAUAAUAGCAAAUGUAUAAUUUAAGCUGUAUUGUUUAACUCUUUGGAAAAUCCCAAUUAAGCAGUUGUACAGCUGGAACUAAUUCUGUUACCUACAGAAAUUAUUUUUGAAUCUGAUCUUUUAAUCACAAAUUUUCCUUAACAUCACACCAAGAAGAGUACUACACAACUGAUAGCCCUGCAGUAGUAAGGAUCUUCAAAAUCCCAGAUAGAAAUUCAUUAAGCCCCACAAGCCUAUCAUUUAAAAAAUACUGAAAUUAUCAGGAUAUGAGAAUCGAAAGAGUGUUUGUGAUGGUCAUGGAUUGGAUUGUUCUUUAGAGUAUUUGUUUUUGAUCUAGCAUCCAACUUCAGACUUCAUACCUGAGUUUUCACCUCUCAGAAUAACUAUGAUUACAUAGUCUGAAGUCAGUAACUCUGCUAAGAGGUGAGCAGUAUGCUCGAUAGUCUGUUUUCCUUCAGAAGCACCAUAAUUAUAGAUUAAAAAUGCUUGACUGCUUUAAUUCAUCCAAAAGAAAGUAAAGCUAUAUAUUGCAGUGCCAAUUCCAUUAAAGAGGAAAUGAAAUGUCUGGAUUGUUAUUGGGUUCUUUUGCUACUUAAGGAAGAUAGUAGGAAAUCUAUGUCUCUUAACUCUUGCCUACUUAAUGCAAGGAGGUUCUUCCUGUUUGGAGAGACCAUAAUGUUUGCAAAAAAUGGUAUAGAAACAUUUAUGUAGUAAGGGAUAGAACAAUAAUUUGUCUGUCUACCUGUAGGAAGCCACACUGUAUAAUGGGAAGAAUUAAAAUGGUGAAAGUUUAUUUUGAUACCUUUCUUCAGUGACUGCUGCUCUUGCACACUUUUUUCCAAUAUACUGCUUUUGGUCACAAGGCACAAAGCAUUUGUAGAUCUUUCAGUAAAAAAUAUGCAGCAAGUCACACGGAAGGAUAUACUAUCCUUAACUCUAUUGUGUUCUUUUCUGAAAUUACCCAUUUUUCAUUAGUGAAUUCCCUUUAAAAAGUCACUGGUUUAUUCCAUUGUAGUAAAGCUGGCCUAAUGGGAAUUACCCAUGGCAAAAAAGUAUUAAAUAUACUACUCUGUACAUAAGGCAAAAGUGAUCUUAAGGAGAGUUUAAAAACUCAAUGAGAAGUCUGAAAGUAUGUACAGGAGUUUGUGCUUUUUACCACAAAUAAAUGAAAACCAAGCAAUUUGAGCAGCCUCUGCUGAGUGAAUUAUAUAAUAAAAUUAGCCAAUUAUCAGUUUGACUUUUAAAAAUGACAGUUUUCUAUGUCAGAUCAGUAUUAAUCUAGCUUUUUCAUGUCAGUAUGAAAACAUUUGGGAAACUUUAGGUCUCUGACAAUGAAAUCUAAAACUGCCCACAUCACUUGAAAGAAAAAAUAUUGCCCCACUCCUUAAAAAAAAAAAAAAAAAGGUAAUUUAAAGAUACUUCUUAGAAUCAUAAUGCAUACAGUGAUAUCGUUUUAUUUAUGGUGAGAAGUGAUAAUUUUCACCCAGAGAAUUAAUUGGUCAAGUUUUUGCCUUAUUGUGAGAGUACACCAUUUAUUUUGCCUUGCAAAAAGAUUUGACCAAUAUGUCAAAAGAAUAGUUGUAAAAUAAAUCUGUAUAGCCUUAUUGACUAUAGUUUCCUUUUUAACAUUCAGAAAGGAAGGAGGAAGGCAAUUGUAAUUCUUCAAUGACUAAUACAAUUUUACUCUAAAUCACAGAUCAUUCCUGUUAAUCACUACUUGUUAGUGGCAAGAAAUUUACUACAUUUUAAACAGGAUGAUAGUAGGUAGGGUAACUCAGUCUUGUUGCAGAGAUCUCUUGCUUGCUGUCUGAUUUAAGAUAAAUUAGCCACUGCGUGGCUCUGGAGUAACAAAAUUUUGUUGCCUUUGUUUAUCUACAUUUGUCAACCUCUGCAGGUUGAGAAAGAUUGGCAGAGGUUAAAAACUGGUCAUCUUUCUUACUGUAAGUUAGAUACUACUCCUACCCUAAAGCUAUAGUUCAGCUAUUUGAGUGAGAUGACUAAUUUAAUAUAAGCAUCUUAAAUUUUUGAAUGUUUUAUAUAAAAAAAGGAAAGGAACCUAAAACGUAAUGAACUGGGUCUCAGACAUGUCUACCAAUGUGGGUACUAUUUUUAUGCCAGUGUAUUUUCACAUUUAAUAAAGAUAUUUAUGGUGA